AUGCUCAGAUCCACAGCAAGACUAGCCUGUGCUCGUGUAGCCAGACCAGGAGCGUUUGCGCUUACCAGGCUACGGACCCAGCCCACGCCAGCGGCUCUUAGACCUUUGUUUGACUCUAGAUGUUACUCCAUUUCCACCAGUGGUGAGAAGGUCGACCCUAUCAUCGACAACAUCUCCGACAACGAGUACCUGAAGCUUGCUAAUACGUAUCUUGAAUCCUUGAGCGACGAGUUGGAGAUUCUUGCCGAAGACUAUCCCCAGAUCGACGUGGAGCUCAGUCACGGGGUAAUGACGCUAACUGUGGCUCCAGGCAAGACGUAUGUGAUCAACAAGCAGCCACCGAACAAGCAGAUCUGGCUCAGCAGCCCUGUGAGCGGGCCCAAGCGGUACGAUUUGAUUGGAGGAAAGUGGACGACCUUGAGAGACGGCUCGCAGUUGACUCCGUUGUUGGACAAGGAGUUGAGCGACGAGUUGGGCACUGAGGUGUCGUUGGACGUGGAGGAGUAG